AAAUUAAACCAUCUUUCUCUAUUUUCUUUCAGUUUGGUGAUCGUAAAUUGGUUAUGCCUCUCAGGAAAAGCAAAUCAUUGAUGGAGUUGGAAUCAUGCGUUCCGCCAGGGUUUAGGUUUCAUCCAACAGAGGAAGAACUCGUAGGUUACUACCUCAAGAGGAAGAUUAACUCGUUGAAAAUAGACCUAGAUGUUAUCAUUGACGUUGAUCUGUACAAAAUGGAGCCAUGGGACAUCCAAGCCAGAUGCAAAUCAGGGUAUGAUGAACAGAAUGAAUGGUACUUCUUCAGUCACAAAGACAGGAAGUAUCCAACGGGGACUCGGACUAACAGAGCCACGGCUACCGGAUUUUGGAAGGCAACAGGGAGGGAUAAAGCUGUGAUGUCAAAGAACAUGAUCAUAGGGAUGAGAAAGACCCUGGUUUUUUACAAGGGUCGUGCACCUAAUGGCAGGAAAACUGAUUGGAUCAUGCAUGAGUUUCGAAUCCAAACUUCCCAACAUGAACCUCCACAGGAAGAAGGAUGGGUGGUAUGUCGUGCAUUUAGAAAGCCAAGCCCUAAUCAAAGGCAAGGAUUUCAAGCGUGGGACCAUGUUUACCAUGUUAAACCUCCAAUUUCAGACGUUGGAAGCUCAUCAUUUCAUGUUGAUCCGAAUCAAGGGGCAAGUUUUUGUCAGUCCUACUAUAGUUCGGACACUGACUUCGUUUCCAACCACAAUUUAUUGGACAACCAAGUCCUUGAUCUUCAACAACUCGAUAGUCCGAGUCUGAAUUCCCCAAGCUUUCCAUCAAAAGGUUUCCAGCAGCAUCGAAUUACGGCUGAGGAAGAAGUUUGCAAUGAAGAUAGGAGCAACAACAGCAGCCAACAACAUUACAUUGAUGAAUGGAAAAAUAUGGACAGUCUAUUUGUGUCACAGAUGACUGAAACAUCAAUGUUUUCAUUCCAAAAUUCAUCGGCCAUAGUACCACAGGAUGAGGAUUAUAAUAACCAUGUGCUCGGAUGCUUUCCUGAUUCAUGGCAGGAAAUGUUUUCUAUUUAGUAAGGAAGAGAAUAAUUCAGAAAAUAUAGUAAUUAUUUAACAGUUAAUGAUGUUUGUGAGGAACUAAGAUUAAGUUCCUUUUUAGUUUGGAAGAUUUUCGAGGUAUUAAUUUUAUAGUAAAGUCAUAGAAGAGUUUGAUGGCCCAAAAAAGGGUCAGAAGAGGGAAAAAAAAUGACACUGUUGUGAAUUGUGAUGUAGGAGAGGAGACAUUUCUGCAAAGUGAAUCUCCUAGCAGCAUUAGGUGUGUAAAAGUUCACUUUUUUUCUUGUAAUGUUUUUAGUUUGCAUGAUUGUAAAUUGUGCAGCAUUGCACCAAUUUCUACUUAAUAAAAACAAAAUUCAUAU